CCGUCCCUGACAGGCAACACUGUCUGGCUUUCCGGCGAUGACUCGGAUGGGUUCGAUGUCGUUCUGUCCGACGACUCGCGGGCCAAAGUCCGUGGGGUCCUGGAAGCCUGUGGGAGCCUGGACAACCAGUGCUUCCAAGACGUCCAACAAGUUCUCGCGCAGUCGGAUCUGCAGAUCGACCCGCAGCUGAACAAGAGAGACUUUUUCGCGCUUCUGUCGAAGACGUUCAGGCUGGCAUCGUCUCGGGUAGCCGCGACCGCGGCCAUCCUGAUGGCCUUCUGGCAGGCCAAGUACGCUGACGAGCAAUUUGCUCAAGCCUUUGUACCGCGUCCCGUUGCUGAAGCCGCGGGCGCCUUUGCUAUCCCAGGGGCAGAAGUCGUCGUGGAGUUGCAGGGCUCGCCACUGGUUACUGUGACGGCGCCCACACCGGCCGCGACAACUUUGAUUGGCCCCAGCCAGCCAUCUGUCACGGCAGUGGCAAGCCCUGGAAAUGGCCUGGAGCUCGGAGACCUCGUCGCCUGUAUGGACAUCGGUCUCGCCGCUCGCAUCGACGAGGUGAUGCACCGGGCGAAGGAGUGCAAGGAUGGGCAGGACUUUGACGCCACCGAGAGUCCAUCGAGACUUGGCGGGAGCUACGGAUCUGCGAUCUGCGGGGGCGAAGCAGUCGUCGCCAUGGCACAACCCGGCGGAGCUUUCAACGACCUUCUUCUGAUCAACCCUACCAGCAUUACCUUCUCAUUCGCCGCUGCGGCCGGGCCCGUGGCGCGGGCGAGCCGUGUGUUGUCAGAGUUUGUGCUCGCAUAUGCGCCGACGUUAGACAUUACUCCUGAAGCGGCGGAGAUGAUGGCAAACUACGUAUUCGCACUGGCCGUACGAACGCUGAUCGACAAUGUCUCGCUCGCUGCUGAGAACCCCAUCAAGUCGGACUUGGUGGAUGAAACUCCCCGUGACUGUCCAGACAUUAACACAGACCCCGUCAGUGCAUUUCCUCUCACACAGGCUCAACCGGCACACACUGACGCUAGCAUCACUUCCGCCGUGAUAAAGGGAAAGUAUGAAAGGUGCCCCUGUCUCGGCAGCGCGUAUCCGUUCGAGCACGUUCUCUCCCCAGAGGAGGUCGCAGACAUGGUCUACCUCGCCGACCUCUUGGCCCAGUCUGAGCCGGCCCCCGCCGAGCCGGCAUGCGACAACGAGAACAUGACUGAGUUGCCCGCCUCGGUGUUCUUGUCUGCCAGUAACAACGUGUACCACCACUUCUGCGAAAACUGGAGCCCCAGCUCAGGAGAGAUGCGCAUGGACGUUAACGCGGCCGGAGACAACAUUCUUCCCGAGCCUCACACAAGAAUCCAACGGGGUGACCGUUACCCCUAUGCCCGAGCGCCGCCGCCGGACCCAUCAAUCUGGUCGGAUUACACAUUCUCGCUAAGCUACAAGCCCUCAAAAGGAGGUGGCUCAUGCUCCGCGGACUGCACAGCGGCCUUCGAGAAGGUCGGCACAGCGUGCCGACAGCAAGGAGGUAUGUCUCGUCCCUGGUCGUCCCGAGUGUUUCGACUCCCUCCACUCUUCGAGGUAGCCGAGCCAGUGUCCACGCCCCUUGCGCUCGGCGAGCGCGAGUGCUUCCCCCGCGAGGCGGACCCGGCCCAUGGCGUCGUCGUCGAGGGCUACGUGUUUGGCAACGCGUGGGUUGCGUGCUAUGACGCUGUCGUGGGUGCCAGCCGGACCAUGAGCGCCGGCGACCCGCCCCGCACGACCCUCCUCAACUCCGAGGGCACCGGAUACUUCUAUAGCAUCUCCUGGGAGGAGGAUUGUGUGCUCGAUAACGGCCAGACCAGUCAGCCCGUGGAUGACCCCCUCGGUGUGGGGACCGACACUGCCACCUGGACGUGUACCCAGCUGUUGAUGGACGACUGGAAGCUGUGUGACAAUGGCGCAGCGGGGGGGAAGAUCCGCGCGGGCUGUCUCGUGUACGAGUUCAAGCCGAUGAGUGCCUCUUAAGAAGCGACAGAGGGGACAGG